AUGGCCGACAAGCAACUAGAGAAAGAUGUCUCCUCAAUUCCAGACCCCGAAGAGGACGACCUCGAUGAUCUAGACGACGUUCUAGACGAGUUUCAAUCGCAACCAAAGCCCACUGCUUCAACCGCUCCCACCCCAUCAGGACCCGGUAGACCGCCCUCCCAGAGCAAAGAUGGCCCCGCAACAGGCUCCAAAGAAGAGGAAGACCUCGCCGCACAACUGCAAUCAGGCAUGCAGAACCUCAUGUCCGAGCUAGACUCCAAUCCACAGAUGCAAGCCGAAUUUGAGAAGAUGAUGCAGGAACUCGUAGCGGCCAGUAGCGGGGGCUCGAACCAAGAAGCUGGGGAACACCUGAAAGCGGCAGCAGCAGCGGUACCACAACCGACCGAGAGCUCGAAACCGAAAGCAUCGGGAGGAGCAAGCAGUAGCAAAAAGGGAGGCGGCGGCGGCGAGGACUUCAACGAGACCAUACGCAGAACCAUGGAACGAAUGCAAGCCUCCGACACCAAAGCUUCCACCUCCCAAUCCCAGCCUUCCAAUUCUGAAGACGAACUCCUAGCGCAAAUGAUGAAAGAGUUGAGCGGUGAAGGUGGAGAUGGAGAUUUCAAUUCCAUGCUCAUGAAUAUGAUGGCACACCUUACGAAUAAAGAAAUUCUCUACGAUCCCAUGAAAGAACUGCACGAUAAGUUUCCGGAUUGGAUGAGUAAGAAUAAGGAUAGUUGUAGCAAGGAGGACCUGAAGCGGUAUGAGGAACAGCAGAAGCUGGUAGGGGAGAUCGUGGCGAGGUUUGAGAGGAAGGGGUAUUCGGAUGAGAAUGAGGAGGAUCGGGAGUAUAUUGUGGAGAGGAUGCAAAAGGUGAGUUCAUGACAUAUGACGGUUUCCUGGCUUGCAGUAGUCGCUAACAGAGGCUGUCAGAUGCAAUCUCAAGGCUCUCCGCCUUCAGAUCUGGUAGGCGAUAUGAGCGCCGCGCAGGAAGCGCUUGGAGAUCUAGAUGGCGGGUGCCCGACACAAUAA